UGACGCGGUUGCCAAGCGACAGCGACGCCGAGUCAAAGUUUUUUUUUUAUUUCGCAGCGAUAAUCUUUUUCUCUCGUAACAACAACAAUUAUUGUUACUUACACUCAUAACAAACAGAUAUAACGUCAGCAAUCGAAUAGGAACAACUUGGAAUGGCAGCCAAAAAGAAGGAAAUACAACUGCAGGUGCUCAUCUCCAACCAGGAGCAGUGGGAUGAGUUGAUGGCAUUGAGAGGAUUAAUAGUGACAGACGUGUAUCCAGCAUGGUGUGGACCCUGCAAAGCUGUGAUGAGUCUGUUCCGGAAAAUAAAAAAUGAGCUGGGAGAUGACUUACUGCACUUCGCAGCGGCAGAAGCUGACGGUGUGGAGGCAUUAGAGAAGUACAGGGGGAAAUGUGAGCCAACGUUCCUCUUUUAUGCGGGCGGGGAGCUCGUGGAUGUAGUGCGUGGCGCCAACGCUCCCGUUCUACAGCGGAAAAUCCUGGCACAACUGCAGGCUGAAAAGCGAGUUCUGGAUGAAGGAGGCGAGCGUCUGGUGGUGCAAGACACUGCCCUGCAGAGCAUGGAGGACAAUGACUCGGAUAUGAAGACCCCUCGGGGGCAGCAAGAUCAAGAAGAGGAAGAAGGGGAAGAAGCUCUCACGAGCCACCCAUACACUGUGGCCCUCAUCAAGCCAGACGUGGUCGCUAAGGGGAAAGUGGAGGAAAUCAUCAUGAAGGUGCAAGAAGCUGGGUUUGAGAUUGUGGCUCAUGAAGAGAGGACACUGCUGCCCGAGGAAGCACGUGACUUCUACCAGCAUCGCUCAGGAGAGCCCAACUUUGCAGAGCUGGUGCAAUUCAUGUCCAGUGGCCCGUGCCACGUGUUGAUGCUGUCUCGGCCCGACGGGGCCGACGACGUCAUUCCCGCAUGGAGAGAGCUCAUCGGCCCCACGGACCUGGAGGUGGCAAAGGCUGAGAAACCAGAUUGCUUGCGGGCGCAGUACGGCACGGACACCACACUCAACGCGUUGCACGGCAGCAGCAGCCAGGAGCAGGCGAGCCGCGAGCUGGCCUUCUUUUUCCCAAACCUCCGAGGCUCUUUGGGCGAGCGGGCAGAGCCUGAAGAUGGGCGGCGCUCAUGGGGAGACAGGGCAGCCUCAGGAACACCACGUGGUGACAGCCGCCAGGGUAGCAGGGUGGAGAGGACUCUCGCACUCAUCCGCCCAGACCUGCUUAAGGAGAAGAAAGACGCAGUGUUGGGAGCGAUCAAAGAGGCUGGUUUCCACAUCGCAAUGCAGAAGGAGGUGAUACUGACCGAGGAGCAGGCGCGAGAGUUUUACCGAGAGCACGAGGGGCAGGACUACUUCAGCACACUCGUCAAACACAUGACCAGCGGGCCAGUGCUAGCUCUGGCCCUCGCAAGGAAGGAUGCUGUACAGGGCUGGAGGGACACGUUGGGGCCCAAGGACUUGCAGGUGGCCAAGGAAGCAGCUCCCCAGAGCCUCCGUGCACAGUUCGUCUCGGACGCCGCUCCCAUCAACCAGCUACAUGGCAGUGCGUCGCCCACCGAGGCGAAAAAGGAGCUGGAUUUCUUCUUCCCCAAACAGCAAACGCUGGCUGUCAUCAAGCCGGAUGUGUUGCCACAGCAUAAGGAGGAGAUCAUGAGCACGAUACGCGACGCUGGCUUCACUGUGUCCAUGAUGCGCGAGGUGGAGCUGUCGCAAGAGUUGGCCUCCGAGUUUUACCACGAGCACCGAGACAAGGCUUUCUUUCCCCAGCUCGUCGAUCUCAUGUCACGGGGGCCUUCCCUGAUGCUGGUGCUCAACCGUGAGGAUGCCGUGGAGGAAUGGAGGCGACUCAUGGGGCCAACCGACCCGGAUGUGGCACGCAAGACGGCACCCGAGUCCCUGCGCGCACGCUUUGCUCGCAGCGUGUUUGAGAACGCACUGCAUGGUGCCUCCAACCUGCACCAUGCCCAAGAGAACAUCCACUUACUGUUCGGUGACAUCAGCUUCUCUCCGGAUGGCACUGUGCUAGGAAUGGAACCGGACCUGGAUAAAGUGGAGCCGCCAGAAUACAGAGACGAUACAGAGGAGGACAGCACAGAGAAGCAAGAUGGCGAGAGAGCCAUUGAGAAGGAUGCAGUAGAUGGACAUACACAUGAGAAUGCAGAGGACAUAACACAAGAGGAAAACAAGGUGUAUGGAGAAAAAGAAAGGGAGGAGGCUCUAAAGAAGGAUGGAGAAGAGAAGGAAAGGGCAAUUUCAAGGGAAGGUAAUGAGAGCAUUCGCAGUGGAGAUGAUAGUGGCAGGGAUGGGGCAGCAGAGUUAAAGAGAGUGGGCACAGGCAACAGAAAAGAUGAUAAAGAUAUGAAUGCUGAAGAGGGCAGAGUGGGUGAUGUAGAUGGUGACGAAGACAAGAAGGAAGAGCAAAAGCAACUGCACACAGAGUCCUCAGCAGAGCCACCCACAGGCAAUGCAGAGGAGCCAGAAACGGCAUCCCAGGGUGGACCAUAGAAAGGCUUCAAAGCACAG